AUGAGCAGAGAAGAAGUACUUAUUUCACUUGGAGAGUCGAUUGCGACUUUAGAGUCCAAGCGAACCUAUUUGCUUCAGGAAGUCAACGCCGUCGAACAAGAACUUGGAGAACAAAAAUCCAGGCAUGCUAGUAUCGUCAACGAGAUCACCCCACUAUACAAGCUGCCUAACGAACUCCUCGUGAUCAUCUUGACCACAUCCCACCAGCUCACCUCGAGGGCGAAAUAUCCAUUUACCGUUUUAGCUUCUCAUGUUUCGAGCCGCUGGCGUCAGGUUGUUUUGGCAACCCCAUUUUUGUGGAACGACAUCGACAUGGAUAUUCGGCCAUUGAGCCAUAUCCGCGGACGCACACUUCAAAGGCUCUCUGCCCACCUCACGCGUUCUGAUCCGUGUCAUCUCGAUAUUUCACUUUCAUUUGGCCUCACAGAAGAAGUAGCGCCUUACCUCGAACUUAUUUCUGCUCAUUCGAAACGUUGGCGAAGAUUGUCUAUAGUGGCAAGAAGGGAGAAAGUCAACGACAUCAACAUGUUUCUUCGCCCUGCCAUCACGCCUGCUUUGCAACAUUUGUCCCUCCAUGUCGGGACACCGCAGGAUGGGUUGCUCUCCCCGCGGGUAGCUUACCGACACGUUUGCCCUCAAAUUCUAUUGGCCGGUGCGCCGUCUCUUUCUUUUGUGCGGCUUGCCGGCCUGGCAUUGGGCAACAUGCAUCCCGCUUCAAAUGUCAUUUCCACACUUCAUCUUGACGGAUGGACGCGCCAUUACAUGACACAUAAUCAGUUCAAAACAGUUUUCGAAGGAUUGCCUUCUCUCGUCAACCUGUCCAUGAACCAGUUAUGCAUCCAUCACCCUCGUGAUCCGCUAGCAAUCACAGCUCCUAUCCGUUUGCCAUUGUUACGGUCUUUGCGGAUACGUGGUCCCUGCGCACCACCUCACCGGCUACUGAGCCUCUUAAGAUUGCCUGCCCUCGAAUCACUUUCGCUCCUAGACAUGGAUACAUUCGAUUCUGAUAUAAUCCCGACGGUGCAGAUCCUAUCUUUGGAUUCAUGCGCGUUCGGUGAAACUGAGAUUUUUAACCUCUUUGCUGCAUUCCCUGCGGUGGUCCACCUGGGAUUCGAUGAAUCUGUGCCAGACAUUUACGAGAUGCUAUGUCCAAUGUCGGAAGACUCGGACACUCUCAUACCCUGGCCCAGCUUGCGAAGUCUCGCUGUGAGAGAGCUACAGACCAUUGACGUGGACCCUCUUUGCGCGAUGAUUUCCAAGCGGGCAGAGUCCGGUAAGCCGCUUGCAACGGCAUCGCUCGAUCGACGGAGCCGACAUAUGUUGAAAUCCAAUGCAAAACAUCAGCAUCGGAUAAAGUGGUUGGAAGAGAGGUUGGGGGUUGACAAGGCUCUAUCUGAGGAGGUGUGGCCAGCGGGACUUGAGUAUAACGAUCCACACGACCUUUUGGAGUAA